UUCCAUGAUCACCUGGGCCUUUUUCUUGCUGGCCUCAGUCAGCAACAGAGUACCAACUACCAACCAUUUUCCAUUUCAAACUCACACGAGUCAACCCCUAUCUUUCUCCUUUGGAGUUGUAUUUCUCUGAUUCGUAUUUUCCCCUCCUUUCUCCAAAGUUGGAAGAACAAGAAAACCGUCUUUUGUGUAUCAGCAAUCAAAAGAGAAGUAAUACAGAAAAUGAGUUCAUCUUCUUUGUGUCAAUCAACUCUUCGGUCUCAGAUCAAUGGGGUUUCUGGGGAUUUUACUCUCCGCAACCUUCAGCCAUUUUUUUCUAAACCCAAUUCUUUAAGUUUUACAAGGAGAAAAGUUCAAACUGUUGUGAAGGCAACAUCUCGGGUUGACAAGUUCUCAAAAUCUGAUAUCAUAGUUUCUCCUUCUAUUCUCUCUGCUAACUUUUCACAGUUAGGUGAGCAGGUAAAAGCUGUUGAAUUGGCUGGUUGUGAUUGGAUCCAUGUUGAUGUAAUGGACGGUCGUUUCGUUCCAAAUAUUACUAUUGGACCUUUAGUGGUUGAUGCCUUGCGGCCUGUGACAGACCUCCCACUUGAUGUGCAUCUGAUGAUUGUAGAACCAGAGCAGAGAGUCCCAGACUUCAUCAAAGCUGGUGCUGAUAUAGUGAGUGUUCACUGUGAGCAAUCAUCCACCAUUCAUUUGCAUCGGACUGUUAACCAAAUUAAGAGUCUGGGCGCUAAAGCUGGAGUUGUCUUAAAUCCUGCAACCCCGCUAAGUGCGAUCGAAUACGUGCUUGAUGUUGUCGAUCUAGUCUUAAUAAUGUCAGUGAACCCUGGGUUUGGUGGACAAAGCUUCAUUGAGAGCCAAGUCAAUAAAAUCUCUGACCUGAGAAGAAUGUGUGCAGAAAAGGGAGUGAACCCAUGGAUUGAGGUUGAUGGUGGAGUUGGUCCAGCAAAUGCAUACAAGGUUAUUGAGGCUGGUGCCAAUGCUUUAGUUGCUGGUUCUGCGGUCUUUGGAGCUAAAGAUUAUGCUGAAGCUAUCCAAGGGAUCAAAACAAGCAAAAGGCCUUAAAAUGUUGCGGUUUCAGGUUCUAAGUGUACAAUUUUGUUGAAAAUCAAGGUAAUGAAGUCCAUAUACUUUUCCACUGGUAUGUUCCUUCACUCUCGUCCUUCAAAAAUUCUAACAUGAGAAUUGAGAUCUUUGCGGUUGAUGAAGUAAUUUUCAUUCCAUUUCUCCAUCUCAAUGCCAUCAAGAGACUUCCACCUAGGGUGGGGUUUGAGAGGUCAGAUGUACGUAAUGUUACCCUGUGAUAUGAUCAAAGAAUUAGAUAGAAGUUGACUAACAUGUAAGCUUGAUGGGCUACUUCUCCUAUUACCUAUUAGUUUUAAGAUAGAACUUCAUUAAUGAUGUGUACAUUGAAAAUAUGGCUGAAAACUUCGCAGAUAUUUUAGAUGCUUUGAUUAGCAAGUACCCUGAAUUUAAUGAUCUUGAGUUCUUGACCACUCUCAGCAACAAUGUGAAGAAGGUUCUGAUCCUUAUUAUUAAGAAGGGGUUAGUAGAGAUUUUCGACAACCUGUAUAUUUCCACUGCUACAUGCUUUGUGAAUUAGGUAUGAACCAUUUUCAUCAUUUGGGUAGGCUAAAUAUGGAUACUUCUCUAAAAGAUAUGUAACACCGUCAAGAAACCUAUUUGUGCAGCAUAUGAUGAUAUCGUCCUUCCUUGUUCAUCUAUGGAAUAUCUAAAUUCAGGGUACUUGCUAAUCAAAGCAUCUAAAAUAUCUGCGAAGUUUUCAGCCAUAUUUUCAAUGUACACAUCAUUAAUGAAGUUCUAUCUUAAAACUAAUAGGUAAUAGGAUAAGUAGCCCAUCAAGUUUACAUAUUAGUCAACUUCUAUUUAAUUCUUUGAUCAUCUCCAACGUUGGACAUUAAUAUACUUUACUGGUCAAAUUCUUGAACUUAUACUACUCCUAUUAUCUAAUUUUCUUGAUAUUUUUUUGUCUUUUGUGUCAGAUAUACACCAGCAGCUGUUUGCAACCAGUUUUAAGACUUGAAGAUGACAUCCUGUAUACAACUCUGUUAACACAAGCCUGAUUCUGAAUUACAUAUCUUUGUACAUAAUUGUUCAUUAUCUUCUGCACAUAUGUUUUGAAUAUUGAUCAAUCAAUUUUAUUCAUGAAAUUUGAUCUUGGGUAUAUAUAAAACGAUCCCAUUUCUUG